GAAACUGUUGGGCAUCAGGCAGCGCAUUCGAGGCACGAGCUAAAGAACACUGCGAAAGUGCAACACGAUUACCAUCGCAAAGAUUCACACAACAUAGUUCCCACUGGCACAAAGGAUGAUGCUCUUGAUAUCGAGGUUGUUGGCGACGGCCAGAAUGUCGUACUGAAAGGUAUCGACAGCCCUGAUCCUGUUUACUUUUGUUGUAUUGAGCCACCAACAACAAAGUCAAAUCUUGAGUUCGAGAGAGCGUUGAAUGAAAUAGCUGUGGAGGACCCAUCUCUGAGAGUGCGAUUUGAUCAUGAAACGGGACAGACAAUAGUAGAGACUAUGGGAGAGCUUCACUUGGAUAUCGUUAAAAAUCGUCUGGUACGAGAUUAUGGUCUAAAUGUAUUCGUCGGACCCCUGCAGGUAAACCGUCCUGUGGCCGUAUUCAUCAUUGCUACCUGA